AUGACGAAGAAAGGCUGCAAGUGCACCUACCGCUACGGAGGCAUCGAGGUCGAAGCCCAGGAGUUUCCUCCGUUCAUGAUUGAGCUCCUACGAGCUUCUAUGAACUACUGCGGCAUUACCAACGAAAGAGACUGGCCUGACUCCUGCAAUCUCAACUACUACGAGGAUGGUGGAGCUUCGGUCGGCUGGCACGCAGACGACGAGUCUCUCUUCCAAGGGAAGCACCAGGAUAUCCGCAUCGUGUCGCUCUCCUUUGGGCAAUCCCGGACCUUCGAGCUCCGCAGGAACUGGCCAGAGGGCGAUGAGCUGGGUGUGGAAAGGAUCGUGUUAAGCAAUGGCGACCUGAUGACCAUGGAAGGCAUGACGCAGAAGCACUUCCAACACCGGGUACCCAAAGAGCGCUGUGAAGGGCCGAGGAUAAAUCUCACGUGGUGCCUGGCCUCGAAAUUCUUCGGGUUCAGGGUGCAGGGAUUGGGCGUUCAGGCCUGCGGCUUGGGGUGUUGA